AGUAUUUUUAAAAUUGAAAAUUGUGAACGAAAUAAAAAUUAAUAUUUUUAAAUUAUCUCUUUAAUCGUCAAGUUUAAAAGAUGGAAAAUCGUGUAAUAUUGCUCGGAAAGCAUAAAUGAUAAUGAGUUUUGUGAAGAAAAUCUGUGAAAAUGAGUGAAAAGUGAAAAAAAGUCAUUUCUUUUUACGCCCUUCUCCAUCUUAUAUCAAAAUUUUUUAAUUUCAUCUAAAAUAAAGUGAAAAAUAAUUCAUAAUAGGAGAUAAAAGAUUAGUUAUUCUAUUAAAAGUGAUUUAAAACAUAUUCACAUAAAAUCCAUCGUAAAAAAGUGAUAUAAAAAUGUCGAAAUUCGAGCGGAUGAGCAAUAGCGGCCCAAAACCAUCUACAAACUUUUCAAAACCAGCCACAACUCGGUAUUUUGCUGCUUGGGAAGUGGAUAGAACAGCUCCAAAUUGUGUACCAAGAUUAUGUUCCUUGACAAUAACUCGUCUGUCGCUUCUAACGACACUUCCUUCAGAUUAUACAUCACUAUCAAUAGCAGUUAAAAUGCAAAGUUCAAAGAGGACUUUACGUUCACAUGAAAUUCCAGUGCCACAACUAACAAUUCCAUCAUCAUAUGGAGGAACAAAUAUGAAUAUAAGCAGUCCACCAAUACUUGAAAUUGAACUAGAUUUGCACUUUAGUUUACAAUAUCCACAUUUUUUGAAACGUGAUGGUAAUAGAUUAUUGAUUCUUCUUCAACGACGUAAGAAAUACAAAACCAGAGCGAUUCUUGGAUAUAAAACAUUAGCGGAAGGUGUUGUCAAAAUGGAUGCUGUGUUACAAAAAUCGAUGGAUCUUAAUGUUGAAUUGAGUGAUACGACAUGCAAGAAUGGACGACCCGGUUUUCCAGUUGCCAUAAUUCGGGCUAAUCAAAUAACAUCAAGUCCUGUUGAUCAAAUUGACAAUAAAAAUAAUAAUAGUGUUUUAAUUGCUGAUAGAGGAAUAGGUAAUGAAUAUUCAGAUGAGGACGAAGAUCAAGAGUUUAGCUCAAAUGAAGAUAAUGAAGAUUUGGCGGGCUAUGGAGCCAAGCGCAAUUAUGCAUCGAAGCGUGAUAAUUAUAGAAAAUUAGAAAGGAAUGAUGUUGAAGGUGAUUUAGGGGCAGCACAAGCCGACAGUGAUAGUGAUUUUGAUGGAAUGAAAGUUAAAAGUUCACGUGAUCCAAACAAAAUUAGUCGACAACGAAAUUUCAAGCAAAAAAUUGUGGCAUUAUUAAAGCGUUUCCGUCCUGAAGAAUUGGAGGGUGAAGUAAGGCAGGGACAACGCGGCGAGCGUGAUUUAGAUGCAUUAUUUCAGGAAUUGGAAUCAUUAUCAUGCGAGGGAGAGGAAUCUGGUUUAGAUAUUGACAGUAUAUCCAUUGGCUCAACACCAAAACCAUCUUUAAGACCAUUUUUUACUAAUUCAAAGCAGGACAAUAUUGUGGGCUCAAAUAACGAAAAAUUGCCUCUGGAGAAAAGGGAUUCUAUAAUAUCUGAAAAGAAAAUUUCGCCGAAUGGUCAAGAUCGAGCUGAUAGCAGCGGAAAUGAGGGAAAUGCAGGAAAUACAGAUCCCGAGAUUGGUGGAGCAAAUUCAGAUCCACAAAAUACAAGUCCACCAAAGGACUUGCCAAUAUCAUCAUCGAGUGAUAAAAGGAAAACAAUUUUCCGUACAUCAAGCAAUACGCCAUCGAGUGCAAAAAAGAAACAAUCAUUGAGUUUUACGACUGAACCAAAAAUCAGUACAUUAGAUACAUGUUUAUCGCCAACAAAUGUUGAACCGAGAAAAUCAUUAUUGGAGCAAUUGAGUCGAACAUUUUCGACAAUUGAUGAGACUGUCUUACCUGACGUUGUAUCAAUUCUCGGACAAUUUGCGGAGCCUGGAAAUCUCUUUACGCAUCGCUUAACGACGUUAUUAUCAAACAUUCGUCCGAGUAUUUAUUUGUUCCAUGCUCACAAUACGGCUGAAAUAAAAGCAAUUUUACAAUCACUAAUGAGUAAAAUCCAAAAAUACUGCAAUUCAACAGCAAAACCUCCAAGUACAGUUAAAGUUCUCUUACUAGGCGGUGAUUGGCUUCAAGGAUCUGUUCUUAGACAUUAUGUUGAAUUAUUAGGAAGUAGACCAUCAGAAUGGCUUAAUCAUAUACGAUUCUUCAUUGUUCCAAUUGGUUCUAGCGCUAUAUCACGUUAUUUAAGUUCAUUAGACAAUAGUUAUGCAUCGUUAUUUGGUAAUGAGACAUGGCAACAACUUUGCUCAAAUAAUGAAAGCUCUCAGCAGAAGAUCGAUUCACUUGAGAUAACGAAUCGGAUUCAAAGAUAUUUACACAGUAGUGGUCCAUGCACACAAGUUCCAAUAGCAGAAGCAAUGAUAACACGAGAUGAAGAUUCGUGCCAAAUAUUUGUACCAUUUAUCACUGAUGUUCGUUUGGGACAAUUAAAUGAAGGCACUCAAUUAUCAUUAGAUUUAGAUGAAUCAAUGAGCACGAUUACUUCAAUAUUAUCAAGCUCACCGCCAACAACUGGAGGACGUUUAUCUCCAACACAGCCAAAUGCACCAUACUCAUUACUUCAAGAGCCAUUGGAAUUGCAAGUAGAUUAUUGGCCAUUCAUUCGACCGAUUAUUGAUGCUAAAGAUAAGAAAGAAGCAAAGAGUCAGGAUCAAGGGAAGAAUAGCGUGAAAAGUACAUUCAAAAAUCUUCAGGUUUGGCGAUUACCAUUAAAUCCAGUCACAGGAGGAGAAGUUUCAAAUGGCUUAACAUUGUGCUUUGCAGCGAAAGAAAAGAAACAGAAGAUUAUGAGAUUGGGGAAGAAGAAGGAGAAAGAUCGUGAUGGAGAUAAGGAACAAUGCAUUGAUAAUGUUGCACGUUUGAUUUGCUCGCCAAAACAACAUUUAGCUCCAUUAAGAGUCUUAAUCGAUGGAACUGAAUGGACAGGCGUGAAAUUCUUUCAAUUAUCAUCACAAUGGCAGACGCAUGUGAAGAAUUUUCCAGUAGCAUUAAUUGCACCAUCUGAAGUAUCGUAGACGUAUUAAGUCGAAGGAUGGACAGAAAAUAAGUAAAAUAUAAAAUUGAUUAUUUAAAGGAAUUGGUAAGAUAUUACGCCAAAUUAUAUGCAACUAGUCAUCAACAAUAAAUUCGUGCAUUUCAUUUUAAGAGAAUUAAAAAAACAAAAUGAAGUGAAAACUUUUUGAUUUCAAUGUUUAUCAAUUAUUGAUGAUAAAACAAAAAUCUAUUGUAAAAUUUCUGUAUAAAGCUAGUCGAUUUUUAUUUGUCUAAUGUAAAAUUAAUCUUAGUAAUAUACAUAAUCAUUAUCAGCAUUGCUUAUAUGCAUCAAUAAUAGAAUUCAACAUAUUCAAAAAUGAAAUAAAAUAAUAAUAAACGUUUUUAAUAAGAUG